CGGGGUGGAGCGGGAGCCUCAUCCCACCACGCUGUUAGAAUAAACAUUUUCUCCCACAAACAUGGCGUCGUCUCCAACUCCGUCGGAGCGUGGUCGAGCAGACGAGGAGCUCAAGGCCAAAGAAGCCGCUGAGCAAGGUGCCCUACCAUACAAGUGGACCCAAACUAUCAAGGACGUUGAUAUCACCGUCUCCGUGCCUGGAAACCUCAAGGGCCGCGAUCUGGAUGUCAAAUUCACUAAAGGGAAGCUCAAGAUUGGCGUCAAGGGCCAGGAACCAGUCGUAGAUGGUGACCUUCCACAUCCCAUCCUCGUCGACGAAUCCACCUGGACUCUCGAAACAGUCCCCGAAGGCAAGGAAAUUGCCGUACAUCUGGAUAAGGUUAACAAGAUGGAGUGGUGGGCACACGUCGUCACGUCAGCACCGAAGAUAAACACCUCUAAAAUCCAGCCCGAGAACAGCAAUCUGAGCGACUUGGACGGUGAGACGAGGAGCAUGGUCGAGAAAAUGAUGUUUGACCAGAGGCAGAAAGAGAUGGGUAAGCCUACAAGCGACGAGCAGAAGAAGAUGGAUAUUUUGUCUCAAUUUCAGUCGCAGCAUCCAGAAAUGGACUUCUCCAACGCCAAACUCGGUUGAAAACGGCCAUGCUGAGCAUCAUGAGACCACGACGGGUAACGCCUAAGGUUCCGAAAGGCACUUUUCAUUACGUCAACUAUACUUCAAUAGCAGUAAAUUGACUGGUUGAUCAAGAGUAUUUAGAACUCUAUUGGUGCCACGCACUUACAUCUUCCUUCCCAGCAUGGAGUGCUUAUAUUAUACAAACAUGGCACAUAUCAUAUAGACUGUCCAAGACACUAGAUAUCAUUGACAGCCUCCUCAGAGGCAUGAAAGGCGCAAGAUAAGAUCUAGGAGGUCGCUGCUAUCUGCCGGCAUUGAGCUUACUGACACUUAGUACAAAGUACAGUUAUGAUACAUAUAUAAUACACCACGAUUCGAGCUCUCCAUCACUCUUUGAGUUGCAG